CCCGGAUUAACGAUUAACGGUGCAUGUUUCGCUGCAACUCGCUUCUUUUUGUCAAGCGCUGGCCACAUCUGCAGCGAUUCGAUCGCAAAAGGAAAGAAGCAGCGGAUGCUUUCGGUGAUUUAUCAUGAACGAGAGAGGGGGCAAAGCACCUUAACAGUUUUCUGUACUUGCCUCCCCCUGCUCUUCAUUCCGCAAGAUGCCAGCUACCGAGCACGUCGUCAACGCGAGCAAACUCCCGUCCAACUUCGGACUCACACCCAUGUCUCCGGACGACUCGACUACUCGAAACGAAUUCGAGGCAAUUGUAGUGGAUGAGCUGUCUGCGUUACUAGACUGCGUCCAAGGGAACCCCAGCAGCUCGGACGAGCUCUGCUCCUCUCCACUGCCAAUCACCCGGCACAGAUCCAUCACCACCGGUAAGAGGAAGCGGUCAUUCGGUAGCGACGACGACGAAUCCAAAGAGCCACACACCCGCAUGCGGACGUACACUGCUCGAAAGAAAGAGAUCGAAGCGCUAAUGGCCGAGCUGCCAGCACUCGAAUCCUACGUCGAUUACCUCAAGCACCAAGCAGCCAAGAUCUCCAAUCAAACCAAUUCGACACAGAAGCAGCAGCUCGUUAACUCGUGUCUUCGGGACAAGGCACACCGCCAGCAAUUCGCGCUGGCUCGGGUCCACUCGGCUCUGUCGGACUUCACUAGUCGCCAGGAGAAGUUGAUCCCAUUCGAUUACUUCAUUCACCUAAGAAAAGACCGAAGAAAUCGACUACAAACGCUGCUCAACAUGAAGCCGCGGAUGCUGCGCAAUGCCCGUCGCUUCAUGCACGAACGCACCGCGUUCAUGGAUCUGAGUGUUCCAAGCUCGGAGCAGAGUUGCUAUGUGUCUCCAUCCGGGGACUACUGCACUGUAAAGUUCGUGGUGCUGCCCUUAGAGGGAGAUUUUAGUGCUAGACAAGUGUUCGAUACGCUCAAAUUCUACCUGUUCCACAUGGAAAUCAUGAUCUCCGAGGCUACUGGUGACCUCACACUAUGUGAAGAGGAAGAGGCUGACAACACAGCUGUAUCACAACACCGCUUCCUUCGAUCAACGCCCAGCGGAUACCAAGUGGAGUCGAAUGACGUAAUCUUCAGUCACUUCGAUGAGCACAACGAGGAGUUUGGGGACGGAAGGGAGUACGGAAUCAUCGUAAUCGACUGCGUGGAUAAGGACGAGCUGCAUCCGUACUCUCCGGACGAGAAACUACGUCAGGACCUCACGUCCAUUCUCACGGUACAGACGUACAAGGACAAGGUGUCUUGCUCUCAAAAUCCAAAGAAGCUGCAGAUCAAGACCCAAGUGGUAAUGACUCGAAGUAAUUUCUUCAAACUACACCACACAACGCUACCCUUGUCGAAGAUUGAAAUGCAAGAAACCAUCGACCGUCUCGCAUGUCGAGGCAAUCUACUCUUCAACGCGGUUCGAGCCUCAGUGUCGUCUGGCAGGGAACCAGUUCUUUGAUUAAAUCCAUAUAAAUGACACUUUUA